UGAGGAUUCGUUCUCAAGUCUCAUCUAAUCUAUACCCCGUCUAAAUCUCCGAGUGGUUGACACCGAUCGAAGUAGCAGCACACAGAAAAUGGGCACUCGAGAGGUGUACGAAGAGAAACUAAGGACCGGAAAUCUCCACCACGAUCCCACCAUCAACCCUGGCCUCGGUUCCGCUCGAUGCCCUCGCUGUCUCUCUCUCCUCAACCCUAAUUUCGAAAGAGGCGAGUGGACCAUCACUCCCGUCUUGCACGAUGCCACUGCCGUCGCUGGGUCGGGGAUUGGUGGUAUGCUUGGUUUUGUUCAUGGUUUCAAUACAGGUUUACCUCUUCUUCAAAAUGGUCUGAAGGGACCGAAGUGGCUUCCUUUUGUUGUUGGGAUUCCUCCAUUGUUGAUAUUCUCCGGCCUAAGUGCAGCAUUUGGAGUAAUGCAGAUACAUGUGAAACUUUUAGGUUAUGUGCUUCCAAAGUUCACUCAACUUACCGUAACAUCCUACUAUGCCUCCUCGAGUGCCUCACAUUAUGGAAUCUCGCUUCUCACCCGACAUAUUGAAGAGAAUUACAGUUCCAAAACUCGGCAGCACCUCAAGAGGCUCUGAUAAUUCCUUUCGGGUGUACUGACAAGGAAAAUACAUUACCUUCUGGCAAUUUUGUUUACAUUACCUUCCUGUGGAUGGUUUGGAGUGUUAAAAUUUCAUUUAUAAUAUUGUUACUCCAUACGGAAAUGCUUAUAAUGUGAAUAAUGCCUAUUUAUAUUUUACUAUUAAGCUGUGAUAAGCUCAUUUAUUGAAGUGUAAUGUGUAGUGUUUUAGGGGAAGCGACUAAGAAAGAAAACUAGCAAAAAUUCAAGUCAAUCUUAUUUUUAUGGCAAUUUUAUUCGUAAGAUUUA